AAGUAUCACAUGAGUAAGAUCCGUUCAUUUAAGGGUUCCCACAUUGUAGCUACUUCCAGAGCUUUGGUGUUUGUCCUCCCCUGUAAGUCAUUUGUUUUCAUUCUCUAAACACUUUUGUGCUCUGUCUGUCUCUCUCUCUCCUCAUAUAUGAUUGUAGGUGCUGAGAGCCAGUGUGGUUCCUUCCAUGUGGCUUGAGGGAAUAUGCUGCUGCUAGUAGCUCUGUGGCUAGUCUGUAUUUAUAAAACCACCUCCACCACAGACAGUGGCCAGGACGCAAGCCACAAACCACAGUUCGACUACGGCAGCCUGGCACUGCCCCAGCAGCAUAUUCCGUUCUAUCUGCACAACAACAAACUUGUGGCCAAACUCUGCAAAGAGGACCCGCUUUGCCCUUUUAAAGAUGCUCUGCUGCACAGGAAGGCCUGCUGGGGUUAUGAAAAGAAUUGCUCUCCAGAGCACAGGUUCAGCUAUCCUGUGUGUACCAGUCUUGAUUUGGGAUGGGCUAGUUCUAUUCAGGCCGCCCAGGAAUUGUUCUGGAAGCAGGCAGAUUUUGGCUAUGUGGGAGAGCGACUCAGUGAGAUGAAGACAUUGUGCAAGCCAUUAAGUCCUGGAGAUUCUUCUCUGAAGUGCACAAGUCAUAUGCGGUUCUGCAGGGCCACAAAUCUGUACCUGGACUUAAGGAAUUCCCGCAGAGGUCAUGAGAGGUAUAAAGAGGAUUUCCUGGAAAAGGGUGAGAUUGGUGGUCACUGCAGCCUUAAUAGUAAAGCACUCACUGCUGAAGGGACACACAAAAGCCCUCUUCAGUCUUGGUUUGCUGAAUUGCAGACAUACUCCGAGCUUGACUUCCUCCCCUCAGUUGAUGAGCAUUGUGAUGUCAUAAUCGAUAGACCCACUGUCUUCAUGAAGCUGGAUGCAGGAGUUAACAUGUACCAUCAUUUCUGUGACUUUGUUAACCUAUACAUAUCCCAACACCUGAACAAUUCCUUCAGCCGUGACAUAAACAUUGUCAUGUGGGACACGAGUGCGUAUGGGUAUGGAGACCUGUUCAGUGAAACAUGGCAGGCUUUUUCGGAUUAUGACACAAUUCACCUCAAAAACUUUGACUCCAAAAGGGUGUGUUUCAGAGACGCAUUUUUCUCUCUCCUUCCGAGAAUGCGAUAUGGUCUUUUCUACAACACCCCCCUUAUCUCUGACUGCCACAGUGAGGGGAUGUUCAGGGCGUUUUCCCAGCAUGUACUUUAUCGACUCAACAUCCCGCAAGAGGGACCAAAGGAGGGCCAAGUUCGUGUCACACUGUUGGCAAGAAGCACUGAGUACCGUAGAAUAAUAAACCAGCAGGAGCUUAUAAAUGCCCUGAAGACAGUGCCUUUAUUUGAGGUCAAACUGGUGGAUUACAAAUACAAAGAGAUGCCGUUUCUGGAGCAGAUCCACAUCACACACAACUCUGAUAUCUUCAUUGGGAUGCAUGGAGCUGGACUGACCCACCUCCUCUUCCUUCCUGACUGGGCCGUCAUAUUUGAAUUGUACAACUGUCAAGAUGAGAGCUGCUACCGCGAUCUGGCCCGACUGAGGGGAGUCCAUUAUAUGACUUGGCAGAAAAGGGACAAAGUGUUCCCCCAGGAUAAGGGUCAUCACCCUACUCUUGGAGAACAUCCUAAGUUUACCAACUACUCUUUUGAAUUAGAGGAGUUCAUGCGGUUAGUCCUGCUGGCGGCUGAACAUGUGACCCGGCACCCAGAGUGGCGUACAAAUCAAGCCAGAGAUGAGCUGUAGGCCAUAAGCCAGCAGAGCACACACAUAGCUGAACACACUCCGACUAUCCCUCCACUCCUACAGUUGUAGCUAUGCUUUACCUACAAAAGUGUCUGAUAUGUGAAUGCAUAUUUUAAAUUAAGAUUUUGUGUGUGUGUGUUUUAUAUAUUUAGUUUGCGCUGUUAUUGUUUCUCUGGCUGUUACGGUGGCACCUGGAGGUACUGAGUAGCUCACUAAAGAGCGCACACCUCACAACUUUAUUGGCAGACAUAUUGGUUUGAAUGGUCAUUUUGGUGUUCUAAUAUACCUUUCUUCAAGUAUGUGUGGGCAUUGAACUUUUGUUUUUGCUGAGGCUACACUUUAUAGCUGAUUUGAGUGCAGUUUUAUGAUUUAUUGUAGAAUGAUUUUGAUUAGCAUUUUUUAACACGAGAAGCAAAUUCAAGGUCAACUGAUCAUUUCAAGCUUUGAAGACAUACACCGAUCAGCUACAACUUUAAAACCACCUGCCUGAUAUUGUGUAGGUCCCCCUCA